AUGGCUUCCCACGACUACUACAACACAAGCACCACCAACAACAACCACCCUGGCUAUAACAGCUACACCACCCAUACUUCCCCCUUCGAUGACAACCACUACCCUUCCUACUCGUCUUCAUGGAACAAUCUCAGCAACCAGCCAACCCCGAGCGAUGGCCGUGAUCCCUUCCAGGAUGACCAUGCCGUGCCCAUGCACUCAUACCGUCCAAAGCACUCGUCCCAGUCCAGCACUGCCCCAGUCAUUACGCCCGAGUACCACGAUCCUUUUGUAAGAGAUGCGAAACCACGCUCCCGUUCAAGGCCACCCCGCUCUCCGCCCGUCAAGGGCUGGCGUCGACACUUUACAGGCCGUGUCACCUGGGUCUGCUACUUCUUGACUUUGGUUCAGGUCAUUGUAUUCAUCGCCGAGAUUGUCAAGAACGCUGUCUUGACCAAGUCCCCCAUCGAAAUCCAUCCACAAUUCAACCCCAUGAUCGGCCCCUCUCCGUACGUUCUGAUCAACAUGGGUGCUCGCUAUCAGCCCUGUAUGCACAACAUGCACAAUAUACAGGACCGCGCUUCGGGCAACAUCACAUGGCCUUGUCCCUGGGCCACUUCCAACACGGGCGACGAUGCAAAAUGCACCCUGUCCCAGUUGUGUGGUUUCGGUGGUGUCCCGGAGCCACAUGCUGGAGGUUCCAUCACAGACCACCCCUACCCAAAUCAAUGGUAUCGUUUCAUCAUUCCCAUCUUCUUGCAUGCUGGAAUCAUCCAUAUCGGUUUCAACAUGCUGCUUCAGAUGACUUUGGGCCGUGACAUGGAACGUUCCAUUGGCAGUAUUCGCUUCACUCUCGUCUACUUUAGCGCUGGCAUUUUUGGCUUCGUUCUUGGUGGCAACUUCGCAGCUACUGGUAUCGCUUCUACUGGCUGUUCUGGCAGUCUGUUCGGCAUCAUGGCUCUGACCCUACUCGAGCUUCUGUACACCUGGCGGGAACGCCAAAGCCCUGUCAAGGAUCUCUUGUUCAUUCUCGUCGAUGUCAUCAUCUCUUUUGUCCUCGGUCUUUUGCCAGGCUUGGAUAACUUCUCUCAUAUUGGUGGCUUUCUCAUGGGUCUCGUUCUUGGUAUUUGUCUCCUUCGCUCACCCAAUGCUCUACGCCGCCGCACUGGCGAGGACGAACCUCCUUACAGCAGUGUUGGUGCUCCUGCCGCUACUCAAGAUGCGGCCAGUCAGGGGUUGCGUGUCUUUAUCAAGCAGCCCGCUGGUUUCUUCAAGGGGCGCCGCGCUAUGUGGUGGGUAUGGUGGAUUGUGCGUAUGCUCGCCCUGAUUGGUGUCCUGAUUGGUUUCAUCGUUCUACUCAAGAAUUUCUACGUCUGGCGCACUGGCUGCACCUGGUGCAAGUAUCUGAGUUGUAUCGAUGUCAACAAUUGGUGCGAUGUUGGUAACUUGCAAUUCUCCAACACUACGAGCAAGCGCGACUUGCUUGCUUUGGGCAACAGUAUCUUCUUGGAGCCCAUGACUUCUGCCUGA